AUGGUCGCCAACAGAAGCAGGGUCGUCGAAGGGUCCUGCUGGCCCUGCAAGAAACGCCGCAUCAAGUGCGACCUCACCAAGCCGUGUUGUGACCGGUGCUCCAAGAUAGGCGCCCAUUGCGACUUCAAUGCCCGUCGCCUGAAAUGGAACACGCGCCCGACGACCAAGGCGCCGGUCAUCUACCAGAUCGCGACGCGCGACGGGCAGCUCGCCGCCUCCCUUGCGUCCGACGAGAGGCGCGCUCUCGACUACUUCCACCACCGCCUCUGGCCUCUCCUCACGACCGCCCCGGAACCAUGCGCCGCCCCGAUUCUGCAGGCGCUCGAGCACCGCGUGGUGCUCCUCGCAACGUGCGUCAUCGCCGACGCCCACCGCGUCCUCCAGGACGGGAGGAACAGCCGCAACCUCCUCCGGCUGAAGCGGCUCGAGUGUCUUGCUGCGGUACGGGGAGAGAUAGGCGGGGCGCAGAAAGACACGGCGGAUAAAAUGUCAUUGAUGACGCUCUUGCUGGCGGUUCUCCUUUUGUACUUCCAUGACGGCUUUCUCGAAUGCGCACAUGCCUCCUCAUCCUGCUCCUCCUCCUCCUCAACCUCUUCAACCUCUUCAACCUCAAGUCAUCAUGGAGGCGUGCGGGCCAUCGUUGACAGUCUCGGAGGUAUCCAGCCGGUUCUGGAGUCAAGUCACGAGUCUAUCCACAUGCUUCUCUCCGAGUUUGCAUCGGCGGAUCUCACGAGCAUCAUCCUGAAGGGCGGGAAGCCGUCAUUCCCACCGGAGAUUUGGGAAACCAUAGACAAGAGAUCCGUCUGGUGGGGGAGAGAUAUCCUGGGCCGUUCUUCCCUGGCGUCGGUCUUCCAAGAAACGUCCCGACUGGCAUGGUAUCUCGAUGCAGUGAAUACCGGAAGCGAACAGCUUUCGAUGGGAAUCAUCCUUGGUUUCGAGACGGCCUUGUCGCCGAUAUACGCAAGAAUCACGGACGCAUGUGUCGAUGUUGUCCAAGGGGACUCUGAGCUCGAGGGGAACCAUGCAUUCACUCUGAUCCGCGCAUUUCAACACACGGCACUCAUUUACAUGUAUCGAGCUGUAUGCGGCCUGCCGGUCUCCCACUCUCUCGUUCAACACCAUGUGCUACCAUGCUUGGAGUGUAUUCUCGAGAUCAAGCAGCCGUCAAAGGUUCUCAACUGCGUCAUAUUCCCUCUACUAGUUGCCGGGGCACACGUGCAGUCCCGAAGACAUCGGAAGGCUGUCCUGGGAUUAGUGCACGACAUUCGAGACGCGGUCCGGUUUGCCUCGUUCAGCUCCGUGAGCGACGUACUCAAUUCAAUAUGGAAAGCCGACGACGAAGAAGUGUCUUGGUUUCACAUGUUCUCAGGGUUCGGGCCGGACGCCAUUGUGUUGUGA